AAUGUUCAUUUCUGUAAUGUGACGAACAGGGGCGACUGACCAUUUGGAAACUCGGGCACUGCCCGAGGGCCCGAGGUCAGUAGGGGGCCCCAUGAGAUGCCCCAGUACCUUUUUCAUAGGCUUUUUAGAGUUUAUGCAAGGACACAGGGGCCCCAUGAUUCCCUAUUGCCCGGGGGCCCCAUGAGUUGUCAGUCCACCCCUGGUGAUGAAUCGAUCCCCACAAUGGGCCCAAAGUGCUAUCCUUGGCAAUAGGAUGCAGAGUAGGGGGCCCCAUGAGAUGCCCCUGGUACCUUUUUCAUAGGCUUUUUUGAGUUUGGGCAAGGACACGGGGCCCCAUGAUCCCCUAUUGCCCGGGGGCCCCAU